CUAGCUCCCUAGCGCUGCACAGCACAGGUCUCCUCCUCCUCCUCCUUCUGCUGCUUCUGCUGGCUGCUUCUCAUCUUUCCCUCAAGAAGAGGUGGGCGACAGGCGAAGAGAGGAGCUCGUCGACAAAGUCGAGAUAAAGAGAGGGUGAGCUCACUCCCAACAAAACAGGCAUCCGUGAUCUGAUGUGAGAUCCACGGAGAGACUAUGCCGAGCCCUUUAUUCCACCCCGAGAUUAUGGACCACGACGUGGUGAUCAGCAGCCAGCACAACGGGGUAGGUCUGCCCCGAGAGACGGAUCAGGAGUCGCGGGAAGAGGACCACCAAGAGGCGCUCCGCUUCGCCCUGGACCAGCUGUCACUCAUGGCCCUGGAGAAGGUGGAUUGUGGGGGCGGCAGUGGAAGCGGGGGCGGCGGGCUGGUAGACCCCCUAGAUGGGACUCAGGGUCCUGGCUCUGAGAGCUGCAACGGCGUGGGCGGAGGGGGCUACGUGGAUCUACAGAUGCUGGAGCACCCCAGUGGGUCCCGGGACUCGCCGACAUCCUGCUCUCCAUCCCCGGAGUACUACGGCUCGGGCGGGUACCACAUGGCCGGUUCGCAUUCCAUGCUGCACGGGGAACAAAGCUCCGUCCUCUGCAGCAGGAAGAGAAGUGUCAACAUGACUGAAUGUGUGCCUGUGCCCAGCUCUGAACAUGUGGCAGAAAUAGUGGGAAGACAAGGUUGUAAGAUCAAGGCCCUGCGUGCCAAAACAAACACGUACAUAAAAACUCCGGUCAGGGGUGAGGACCCUGUGUUCAUUGUGACGGGACGCAGGGAGGAUGUUGAGAUGGCCAAACGUGAAAUAGUGUCCGCAGCUGAGCAUUUCUCUAUGAUCCGAGCGUCCCGCUGCAAAGCUGGAGCAACUGGAGGAGGUGGCUCACUUCCUGGACCCCCACACUUACCUGGACAGACCACCAUACAGGUGAGAGUGCCCUACAGAGUGGUGGGUUUAGUUGUUGGACCAAAGGGAGCGACUAUCAAGCGUAUCCAGCAGCAGACUCACACCUACAUUGUGACACCCAGUCGAGAGAAGGACCCAGUGUUUGAGGUCACCGGCAUGCCAGAGAACGUUGACCGAGCGAGAGAGGAGAUUGAGACCCACAUCACCCUGAGGACUGGAACCUUUGUGGAUCUGCAGGGAGACAACGAUUUCCACACCAACGGCACUGACGUCAGCCUUGAAGGCCUUGGCAGCCUGAGUGGAGGGCUGGGAGCGUCUCUGUGGUCCAGAGCCACCGGCCAUCACUCUGCUCCUCCUCCUCCUCCACCCUCUCCCCCUCCUGCUCUAUCCAUGUCCAUGCACCACUCCUCCAACAGGAAGAUGUCCUCGUCAGUCGGGUACCACUCACACAAUGGCGGGAUGAGUUCAGACAGCUACAGCUCCAGCCGUAAGGCCAACGAGGGAGGCAGCCCCACCAGCCCAUUUAGCACAGGCUCCAGCAGUGCUGGAGGAGGAUUCACUUUUGGGGGUGACUCCACCCCAGGGCUGCCGUCUUCAGAUGAACUUGGGUUUGAGUUCACUGCCUCCAACAUCUGGGCACCUUUCGUCAACGGUGGAACAGGCAGUAAGGCGACUGGUUCAUCCCAGCAGCAGCAACAGCAACAGCCUCUACGUCGCAACAGCAGUGGCCUCAGCGGCGGUGCCAUCACUCCCCGAUUGUCUCCGACUCUGCCUCAGGAUGUGGGUGUGGGCCCCAUGGAUCACCCGUUAGCCCGCCGUGCCCAGAGCGACCCCCUUAGCACUCUCUCCUGGCUUCAGUCCAGCAGUGCAGGGGGCGGUUCCUUCUCCGGAGCGUCCAGCUCAAGCUCCGGCGGCUCAUCCACAGGUUAUUCCUCCUGCUCAGCGUCUUCUCUGCCAGGCGGCUCGCCCACCGACUCCGAGGGAGGAAGCAGCGGUGUCGGCCUGAGCUCAGGGAUGCUGAGCCGGCUCAAAAGCAGCUCUGGAGGCCCCGGGGUGGCAGGCUUGGUGGGCGUCAGCCCCGGGAUCAACAGGGACUGCUUUGUGUGUUUUGAGAGCGAGGUGACAGCAGCUCUGGUGCCCUGUGGCCACAACCUGUUCUGUAUGGAGUGUGCUGGGCAAAUCUGCCAGUCAGCUGAGCCCGAGUGCCCCGUCUGCCACACCCCCACCACACAGUGCAUCCGCAUCUUCUCUUAAUGUCC